AUGGCUGCUCAAGGUAAGAGGCAAUUGUCCUCCGCACCGCUCCAGGUCUUGUUUUAUCUGAAUGGCUGGUAUUUUGCCGCGUUCUUUAUUGCUGAGGCUCUUAUGUUCAUCUACAAAGGACUGUUGCUCCCAUACCAUGAGUCAAAUCUCAUAUUGGAUGUUGUGUUGCUUUUGCUGUUCCUUGGUCUUGAGACCCUUAGGCUGUUUUAUGGCUGGAAGGGGAACCUGUGUGAACGCUCUCUAGCUCUGUCCCUUAGUGUGAGUGUGCUGGUGCCCUGUACGGUCCUGAGUGUUUACUAUCUACUGCUGCAGACUUUUGUCCUGCGCCUGGAGUUUCUGCUUAAUGCCAUUCUGCUGUGCUUCUAUAGCCUUGAAUUGAUCCUGGGCAUAAUGACUAUCUCAGCUUUCUCCAGGUAA